UGGGGGCGUGGCGUGGCGUGGCGCGGCGCGAUCACGUGAGGCGGGGCCCUGCGCUUGCGCCCUGUGGUCACGUGCCCGUGGCGUCCGGCUGGCGGCAGCGAGUGGAGCUCAGCGGCGCCAUGGCGGUGCCAGGCGGAGGUGUGAAGGAGGACUCGUUCAACGUGCUGGACCUGGCAGAGUACACCAAGAACCGUCCCUGGUGGCGCAAGGUCUUCGCCUCCAGCUCAGGGUCGAGUGCCGAGAAAUACAAUGUGGCCACGCAGCUGGUGAUCGGAGGGGUCACAGGAUGGUGUACUGGAUUCAUCUUCCAGAAAGUUGGAAAGCUGGCAGCGACAGCAGUGGGCGGUGGCUUUUUCCUACUUCAGAUUGCAAACCACACAGGAUACAUCAAAGUGGACUGGAAGCUAGUAGAACGGGACAUGAACAAAGCCAAGCAGCAGCUGAAACUUCACAGCAGUGGUAACAAAAUGUCUCCAGAAGUGAAAAGCAGAGUGGAUGAGGUGAGACAACACUCCCAGGUCAUGUGCAGGUGCUUAGCUGGAGGGACAGCAGAAAAUGGAAUUGACUCCUGGGCUCUUAUGGAUUUUCCAUUGUGCAAAUACAAGGAGGGAAUGCUUGCAUGACAGCAAAACUGGAGAGAUGGUAAAGCUAUCUAUGCAUAUUUGAGACAGAAACAAGGUGGUUUCUAGGCAUGACACCAGCUCACCAUGUGUUGCUGCAAAUUCCUUGGGGUUGUGAGAAAACAUGCUGGGGUUGUGGGGAGAAGUGUCUCUUCAGUCUGACAAGAAAAGCUAAGUAGACCUGGGGGCAGAGUUGCCUAGUUACCCUGGACUCUGCUGUAUCCUGGUCUGGCACGCACAGUCAGCAGCCCCUUCUGUCAGAUUAACUGUACUGGUUGUGAGAGAGCCCUGGAGCAUACAGGCUUGGACUACAGCUCUCGGAGGAUCUGGACUGCACUGGGACUGGAUCAGUUCAGGAGCUGUAUGCGCAGCGGGGAGAUUAGGGAGGGGAGGUCAUUUGGUAGGAUACUUUUCCAGACCUGAGCAGUGACCUCUCUCCAAGCAUCACUCACCUUGGAGAAAAGCCUGAGGGAUGUCUUACAGGGAGAGUGUGUGGGUGACCUCCUGUUGUUGAACACCUUUGGUUCUUCUCUCCCCCGCUUAGGUGAUCAUAUUUCUGAAGAAGAAUGUUAUCCUGACUGGAGGGUUUGCUGGAGGAUUCCUGCUUGGAAUGGCAUCCUAGAAACUGCGCUUGACUCUCCCUUCAUGCCCAGCCUCCCUUGCCCUCCUCUACUGCUGUUCUCUCUCACUUAGAGGGCAAAGGAUGUUGCCGGCAGGCUCAGUUCCUUCUGCUCACAGAUUCCAGCCCUUACUUCUCACAACGCUGCUUCUGAUUUCCAACUUUUCCUCCUUCUGGGCUGUUAGGGUGCUGGGAUCGGUCUGAAAGCUUAUGACUCCUGGUGUAUCAUUGUGAUUCCUUUUCCCACCAAAUAUGCCCAGUCCCAAAUUUUCUGAUGAGUUGCAGCCUCAUAAACAUGUAGUGGCAGAGAAAUCUCUUAAAUGUGCUUCUUCUCAGGUGCUCAGGGCUGUUACAUGUACAUUUGUCUGCCAGUAUAUGUGUACAACAGCUGUCAGCUGUUCAGCACCAUUUAGCUUGCACUUUUUCUGUCCUGGUACUUGGAAAGCCUGUGCUUCCUUCUGCGCAGAGAUGGUGUGUGCAAUCCAAAAUGUGCUUGGCUGUCCUGGGGUGGAUGCAGAAGUGUCAGGGGACAGCCUGGGCUGUGUCCAGGGUGAGUGGAUAAGGAGCAAAUUCAUGCUAUAUGUGGUGCUGGGGGUUUUCCUGCCUUCCCCCUGCCAUUGCACUGCACAUAGAUGGCUGUUUGGCUUCUCCUCUGCUGUUAUUUAUACCCCUUGCUGGAAUUGCAGCACUGGCACUGCUCAUGGAAACUGAGCACUGUGGGUGACUCUCAAGGCCUUUUCCUCAUCCUGUGUUCUGAAAGUCACCAAGCUUCUUGCACUGUAGAGCACCUUUCUCACUUGCUGGCUGACUGCUCAGCCUUUGAAAUGUGCUGAGGCAUUCUCUUGUGAUGGGCAGACUUCCAGCAUGCUUGAUCUCUUUGUGUCAGGCUAGCUGGUGCAGGCAGUGUGCAUUUCAGCUAUGCCACUUACUGUAAAUCACCUUGGGCCUCAGACUGGUGUUUCUAGGUCUAUCAUGACCUUCUCUGGCCACUUUGGCAUUGGCGAUGCUCUUAGAGCUGUAGCCAUGUGGGACAGGAUUGUAGACAGGAAAUGCAUCCCUGUUUAGGGUACGUUGUACCAGCCCAGGGUCCCUGUUGCCAGCUCUGCUGGAGUAGUGGCAGGGGAGGAUGUGAAAUCUGGAGCGCAGUCCUUUACCUGCCUCUGCAGAGCAUGAACUCCAUCUCCCUGGUCUGUGCAAGCAACUGAAAUGACAAAACUGUUGGGAAACUCAGGUUGUGCUCUUGUAGGAGCAGCUGAUUUCCAUACUUUCUGCCUUGGUUAUGUUCCAUCCUUCUUUGCAUUUACCAUUUCCACAAAAGAAGCUGCUUGCUUAAUUCCAUCAGCUGUAGCUCUUCUCCUGCGGAUGAGGCAGCCCAGAUGCAGAGCUAAGCUGUUUUUGGACAGUCUGUCCCAGUGCAGGUGUGUGCAGAGCAGAAGUCCAAGAGAACUCCAAGCAGAACUACGAGAGAAAAUUAGGAAAAAAAAAAAAAAUCCCUUAGAAGUAUUUUGGCUGUGCUGGGCUGGCAUUACUGCUUUCCAGAGUGCACGAACUUGCAUGACGGUGGGCUGAUGUCCUCCAGCAGGUACAUGUGGGAGUUCUUGCCAAGAAUGGGUUUUUUAUGUGAAAGCCCAUCCUUCAAUGGGAAACAUCCUAGGGAAUGAUGAUGUGCAUGGGUCAUCAGGAUGCAGCACCUGGCUCAGUGGCUGCAUCCCAUUUCCAAUGCUGUGUAAUGCCUUUCUGAUCAUCUGCUGCUGGUCUCAGUAUGGCUAGAAAUGGGGAUCUUCCCCCAAAAGCUGCUGGAAGAGCUGGAAUGGUGGGUUCUUCCACCAGAGGUUUUGGGAUGAGCACUUGCAGCUGUUAAUUUUUUUCAGCUCUGUUGAUUGAAGUGUCAGUGUAGAAACACAUUGAUUUAGCUGAGGCUUUCUCACCUUCAGGAUCUGAAAAGAGGCUGCAGGUAAUCAGGAAAUAGAAGUUGGUAUCUUUGCUGCUGUCCUGCCAUACAUGGCCAAGGAGAAUGAAGGAGCAGCUGGGCUUGCAUCCUUUUAAUGAUGGUAUUCCUAAAAACCAUCCAGGACUGCAGGAGUGAUAUGAUGCAGCAAAUAGGUCUUCAGUAAAUUGGUGUUUGCGAGUGGAGUGACAAGAUGAUGGUGGUGGGUUUGGAGGGUUUUUUUUUUUUGGUAGGAACCCUGUAGGGCUGAACGGGCAUGAAUUGAUAAAUGUGUAUUGCAGGGUAUCUCUUGUUCCUGUAGGAAAACAGCAUUGCUGCCCCUCUGCUUGGUGUGCUACAUAACACAACUUCUGUGAUGCACUAAUCUCCACAAAGCUUUCUCCAAUGACAAAGCUCAAAGUAAAUCUUUAACAGACCUUGGGGAUGUUUUUCAGGCUCAAGUGAGUCACUAUUUCUGCCCAACUCUAGGGAAGGGUUCUGCUCCACAGGGUCCUGACUUACUGCUGUGGAGAGAAAUGGCGCAGAGAGGGAGUUAAAACAUCUCAGUUGUUGCUAGAAGGGGCAACAGCUGACAUAUUCAUCUUGAGUUUGAUGUGAAUGCAGGCAGAGAAUGGAUCUGGUAAAUCUUUCUGCUGUGCCAGUGUCAGGCUCCUGGCUGGCACGAUUUGAUGCUGUGGGCCCACACUGGAAGCUUUGAUGCCGAACCAACCUCUGUGGGGAUGCAUUUUCAUUGUUGCAGAUGGCAAGAUGAAGCGUUCCCUACCCACCUCUGCUACAUUUGGUCUUGUUUCAACAACUUCUGGCAUCUGUUCCAGUAUGAGAAUGUUUAAAACACACUAGGCUUUUAAAAUGUUUUUAUAUGUUGUACGUAAAUGCUUCUGAAGCAAUAUUUUAUUAAACAGUUUUGCUCUAAUA